AUGAAGACAGCAAAUGCAUUUCUUCUCUCCUUAGUCCUGCUUUACAUCGAUGUCAGCACAGCAUGGCCCACGCACACAGUCUGCAAAGAGGACAACCUGGAAAUAUAUUACAAAAGCUGUGAUCCCAAGCAAGAUUUUGCUUUCACUGUUGACCGCUGUUCUGAUAUCACAACCCACACCUUUAACAUCAGAGCUGCAAUGGUACUAAGACACAGCAUUAAGGAACUCUAUGUCAAGGUUAACCUGAUCAUAAAUGGGAAGACUGUCUUAACCCACUCGGAGUCACUCUGUGAGCCUGGUCAUUCUGACCUUCGUUUCUGUGGAAUGAAGAAAGGAGAACACUUUUACUAUGAGGGACCAAUCACACUGGGAAUCAAAGAAAUCCCACAGGGAGAUUAUACCGUUUCAGCAGUGCUGACUAAUGAACAACAUGCCACUGUUGCCUGUGCUGAUUUUACUGUGAAAAAUUACCUAGAUUAUUAUUAGCAACAACCCAAUUUCAGGAAGGCUACAGACUACCAAAGCUUUCCUAGCCAAGUGAGCUGCUUAUGUAUGUGCUACAACAAUUCUGAAGGAAAUAGUCCCCACUACUCACUAUUUCCAA